AGUCCCAGGAGCAGUACUACUAGUAUAGCUUUCGGAAUGGGAUUCUGAAGGCGUACCUUUACUUUUGCUAUCUGCGGUUUCCUGUGCUAAACUACCCUCUACCCGUCUGUCUUUCUGUGCAUCUAUCUAUCUUGUUUGACUACCGCCGCGCCCCAGGAGGCACGCCGUUGUCUCCCUCCAUCUUUUUCCGCAUCCUGGACGACCCCCACGCCUCUUCCGCCCGACUAUGCACAUACACAUCGUAUUCGCGUUCCUAACGACCACUCUCAUUUCUGUUGUUCUUUCUUCUCCCGCUGGAUUAGAUAGCUCUGAUUAUAACCAAGUCAUCCUUGGGUCUUCGUCGAUCGCUCGUCCAUACCAGUACGUAGAUGGCGAGUUACCACCCACGAAUGAUACCGAAGGAUGGAUCGAUCCUCGUCUUAAUGGUGGACGACUUCUUGAUUUCACGACCAAACGACUGGGCGAACCUCUCAAUGUAAUUAUCUCUUCCCUUUCCGAUCCUUUCAUUUUAUCCGAGACCGGUCUACACAUUUAUGCCAAAUCUAUUGGCUUCUCUGAAGAGUGUCUCGGGCUCCAUUAUGGCCAUCUCCACGAAGCGGACCUGGGGGACGGCCUUGGACGCAAGCAAGAACAUUUUCUUGCUCGCCAGCAUUACUUCCCGAUUGGCGGAACAUGUUGGGAAAGCGUCCGAGGUGGGCAUCAUUUCCGUGCUUGGAGACAGAACGGGACGCUAGCGAAUAGCGGCGCCUGGUUCAUCGGGGCUUCCAAGGAGCAGGAUUCCUCAAAGAAUCACAAGAUUGAUGAGGAUGGUUAUAACCUCGGACGCGAUUAUGUCGUCGAUCGUGCUGUAUCCGGCAGUCGCUCCAACGGCGUUUGGUGGAAGGCAGAGGUCGAGUGGCGUGAGGGCCUCCUGCAGAGAGGUCGCAGCGGUGUCAAUCACGCCAUUUCUCAGGACGGCCGAGUUGCGAUUCUGACUGUCCACAGACUCUAAGAGUUCUCCAUGAUUGUUUCUUGCACAUCGCUUUUACAUUGGGAUUCUGCUGCCCUUUUGAAUCACUUUUUUGGGAACUCGGGACUCGGGAUUGGAUUUCAUACUACUACCGUUCACGACUUCACGACACCCCCUUGAUGACCAUACAUUGUCUCGAUAUCCAUCAUUUCACCAAGUGACUUUGUUCACAUGUAAUCUUAUGUAUAUCUGUAUGUACCAUACCGAUCUUUUUUGUACAUUGUUAUUUAUUGUUUGUAGAUCAGCACUCUUAUAUGUAGACUUUUGAUUUGAUAGACUCGUAGCGAGUAGUUUGUAGCACGCAUUGUUUCUAUGGAGGAUGUAUAUAUUCUGAUUGUGUCCUUGCACCACAUCGCGAACCCGUCUCAU